ACCAAAGACGAUAGUUUCCAUUAAAAGACAAACGAGAAUUGACCACGGUGGUCGGUUAGAUAGAGCUACAAGUUACCACCCCUUCCCUCUUUCUUAUCUAUCUGUGAGUCAGAGUCAUUGGUAGCAUUUAAUACGGUAACCGGUUCCUCUCUGUCGUCCGUACCAUCAUUCACCGCCUAUUUCCGGUCAACCUUUCGCCCCAAGCCUCCGUCAAUUCCUCCUUAUUACUAUAAUACUACCACCGAAACCCUUCCCUCUGCUGAUUGAUAUCAAUUAGCACACAACAUUAUAAGAGUGAGAAAAGGUCCUGUUACAGGUGGAACUAGAAGCCAUGGACACCAAAGAGUUGAUGAUGAUGAUGAUGAUCAAAAUGGAGAAUCAGAAUAAUCCCUAUCCUCCUCAUAUUCACAUGGAUAUAGAUAUUCCUUCUGACCCGUUUUCAUCACUACCAGUACUGGAUCAGACUGCUUUUGGGUCCGAGCAAAAGACUUCGUUAGGGUUCAUGGAGUUAUUGCAGGGUGGUUUUCAUGAUCAUAACUAUUCAUCUCCUUCUUCUUCUUCUUCCAUCUUUGACAUUAAUAAUAUGAUGAUGAUGUACCACCAUGAUCAUCAGCUGCCAUCACCACCAUCAUCAUCGUCAGCUCAUCCUCAUUCGAACCAACAUGAUCAUGAUCAUAAUCAUUACAAGGAGGAGGAUGUAACUGUUGAUGAAGUUGCUGGAGAAGAAUCAUCCAUAUCGGUGGUGUUAAAUGUGGCGCACCCUUCAAUUUCAUCACCGAAUUCUUCUUCCCUCUCCUCACCUCAACCUGCUGCUGCUGCUAGUGUUGAUCAGUGCAUGGGAUCGAAGAGAACAAAGGUGGAUGGAGAUGAUGAGAAAAAGACAUUAAAGAAGAAGAAGAAAGAGAGAGAAGCAAGAUUUGCAUUCAUGACGAGGACUGAGAUUGAUCAUCUGGAUGAUGGCUACAGAUGGCGCAAGUACGGCCAGAAAGCUGUCAAGAACAGCCCUUUCCCGAGGAGCUACUACAAGUGCACAAGUGCAUCUUGUAAUGUGAAGAAGAGAGUGGAGAGGUGUAUGGGUGAUCCCUCCUUCGUUGUUACCACUUACGAAGGUCAACACAUCCAUCCAAGCCCAAGCCCAAGCCCAAGCCCUUCUGCUGCACCUACUCUUAAAAUUCCAUCCUUUAAUCAUCAUCUCAACAACAACAUCAUCAUCAAUCCCACUACCUAUAAUUAGCUAUACAUAGCUCUAUAUCUAUAUAUAGCUAUGCUCGGCCUGCAGCUGCCAUAUAUGCUUGAAACUAGACCAAUUAAGGAGCAGCUGCAGGUCUUCUUGAUCAGGAUAUGCCAUCCACACGCAACACUUAAUUCAUCACUUAUUCAUCAUGCGUCUUCGAUCGUCUUUUAAUUAAUACGUACCUUGUUCCAGUGUAUAUAUAGCUAGCAUGGAAGACCUUAGUUUUUACUUUAUUAAUCCCGGUCUUUUGUAGAUAGGAAUGAUCUGUGUCAGUUAUAUAAACCUAGCUUCUUGUCCUUUACCAAACGCCAAACAAUUUAAUUAUUGCAUUAAUAUAUAUGUAUUAACUUCA